UCCAUUCAUAUCGAUUUGGGUUUUUCCGCACCAUAUUUUGAUCUGCCUCUUCUUCGAUCCGGAAUUCCCAGCAAAUCCUUGACUCCUCGAAUACAAUGGGAUUUCACACCUGGCGAAUCUUUCACUCUACCUCCUCUUAUUAAGACCAUAGAAUGUUCCUGCGAAUUAUGACCUUCGCCCGGAAUGUGAGCAAAUAUAUCAUGUCGAUUGCUCAACCGUACUUUAGCUAUCUUACGUAGAGCUGAAUUAGGUUUUUUCGGUGUUCUUGUUGAAACACGCGGGCGUACUCCUUGCUUCUGGGGACAUUGAUCCAAAGCUCGAGUACGGUCCGUGCGCCGUUUUUCUUCUCUACCAUGACGAAUCAAUUGAUUUAAUGUAGGCAUCGCUCUUUCCUUUGUCCUUCCCCCCGAUUUUUUCCCUAUCACUAGUGAUUACUCCCGAUCCGAAGCACCCCUUUUCCAUUCAUAAAGAAAUCCAAUCGUCAAAAUCAAUAAAAAGGCCAUCAUGGACCAAAAUCCAAACGGAUCAAUCUUGUUGGGAGGUACUGCCCAAGGAAAGAAAAAGGUUACUUCCGGAUCAGGGAUAAUAAAUAAAAUUGAAACAAGAUAAAAUCGUAUAUCGAAACGACUUCUGGCAUCACCGGAAGGAUCGAAACCACAUUCGUAGGCCGACAAUUUUUCUGGAUAGGUCGAACUAUUGGAAGAAAAUGGAAAAGGAAGACCGAGUAGGAUCAAAGAAACUAGCGGACUGAUCACUAAAUAUAUACAAAUAGGUGCAAAUUCUGACAUCACCACAGCCCACUUUUCUAUCGCUCUUUGCUCUAAAAAUGAAGAAAGACUUGUCCGAAAUCGCCGGUUGGGUUUGUAAAACCAAGAAAGGCAUGGGAGUCUUUGGGCAUUGCUUGGGUCGAGUUAAGUCAAGACUGGUUACCUAGAAAGAUCCCUCACUGCACACAAACUAUAUCUCUGUCCGGCUGCAUGCUAUCAGAGAAAGAACAAUGGGAGGUUCAGUCAAAAGCAUUUCCCGCGCACUCAAUUCAAUAAUCAAGCAAAUAAGCAAGACGAAUCUCUUUUUCUUAUUAUAAGAAAUUGAUAGUUAGAUGCGCGGAUCACUCCUAAAUGCAGCCGUGAUCUUAUUAUACGAUACCACCUGCCGCACCUCCGUACUCUGAUUCAAUUCCUGAAAACAGCUUAUUCGAGAACAUUGCUAGAUUUUGAGUAGGGGAAUCACUAAUGUCCCUCCCUCUUUCGUCUCGCUUUUCGAAUGGGCAAUACAAGAAGAUCUAUAGUUGGAAACCUUUCCACUAGUUAUAAUAAUCCAUAUCCAUCUGUUACUGUGAGCAAGAGAGCCUUAUCUUAAAGCCAUUAGAAUGAAACUUGUUAAGCCCUGAAGUAAUCUCUUUUAGCUUUAGCUAGUUCCAGGCCAGUUUCACCUGUGUAAAAGUAAUCUGUAUCAAUAUCAAUCUGCUUGAAAGCCUGCAGUAUCUUUUAAGCCU